AUCACUCAUUCAGUUUGUGGCUCUACGUUAAAUCCUCGAGAGAGAGAAAAAAUAAAGGUUUUAAAUCUUUUAUACAAUGUCAAAAAAAGCGUUAGGCCUAUUGCUUGAUCUGGAAUCACAAGAAAGUUGUGGUCCUCCUUCAUUUAUGUCACAUACCCUUUCCAAGGAUACACAACCAACCUCCGACGAUGACGACCGCGGAGAUGUUGGGAGGAUUCCGGUAGAAGAGUGGCUGCCGAUCACAGAAUCAAGAAAAGGAAAUGUUUUCACGGCAACGUUUCAUCUUUUCUGUUCGGGACUUGGUUUCCAAGUGCUUCUUCUUCCUGCAGCUUUCGCAGCACUCGGAUGGGUUUGGGGAAUAAUAAUAUUAACGGUGGGAUUUGCAUGGAAGCUCUACACGACAUGGCUUCUUGUUCAUCUACACGAAGCCGUACAUGGAACACGUUUCAGCAGAUACUUGAGACUCGCAAUUGCUUCAUUCGGUAUAAAGCUUGGGAAACUUCUUGGAAUAUUCCCUGUGAUGUAUCUCUCAGGAGGAGCUUGUUCAAUUCUUGUAAUAACCGGAGGAAAAACAAUAAAACAACUUCUACACAUUAUGUAUGAAGGUGAAACAGUGCCACUUACCACACUACAAUGCUUCGUGAUCUUCAGCUGCCUCGCGGUGGUCAUGUCUCAGUUUCCGAACUUGAACUCUCUUUUUGGACUUUCGUUCAUUGGUGGUGUUAUGGCCAUAGCAUAUUCCACCGCAAUAUGGAGUUUACCUCUAACUAGGGAUCCGCAAAGGGAUCAUCAAAACAACGUCUCUUACGCUAUAAAGGAUACAAGCUUCGAUAACAUUUUCAACGCCAUUGGAUUGAUAGCCAUUUCAUUACGCGGGAACAACUUAAUCCUAGAGAUACAGGGUACUCUUCCUUCCGAUUCAAAGAAUCCUUCCAGUAAGACGAUGUGGAGAGCUGUGGUGAUCUCUCAUGUGAUCAUUGCGGUUUGUAUGUUUCUAGUAGCCAUUGUUGUAUAUUGGGCAUACGGUGACAAGAUUCCGGCUACUGGAGGUCCAAUAGGAAAUUACUUGAAACUUUACGAACAAGACUACUCAAAGCGAGCCGCUUGUUUCAUACACAUCACGUUCAUCAUCAAUUGCUUAUGCUCGUAUCCGAUAAACUUAAUGCCAGCUUGUGACAACGCAGAGAUGGUGUACGUGACCAAGAGACGAAAGCCCUGCUCCGUCUUCGUCCGGAUGAUGUUUCGUGUGUUCUUGGGUUUGGUCUGCUUCUUCAUAGCCGUUGGAUUCUCGUUCUUGCCUUAUCUUGCGGUUCUCAUUGGAGCAGUAGCCUUGCUUGUUACGUUUACGUACCCGUGUUUCAUGUGGAUCUCUAUCAAACAGCCCGAAAGGAAAAGCUUGAUGUGGUUGCUCAACAUUUUGGUGGGAAGCUUAGGCGCGUCUCUCAGCGUUUUGCUUGUGGUUGCAUCGGCUUUAUUUUUGGCUGAUAGGGGUUUACAUGCAAACUUCUUCAAACCCUAAAGCAUUCUUGACAAUAAGACAGUUCAAGCGUGGAUCACUCUGAAACGUCCCAAACUCCCAAGGGCUUAGGUGCGACUACUCACUCACCUACAGUUACUUCCCUUUCCACCUAGAGAAAAGCUUUUGGGUUCUUCCGAGUCAAACUGUGAAUAAUGUUAGCAUGUAAAUAUAUAUAUAUGAUUUUAAUUAUUUUAAGUUACAAAAAAAAAUAUAUAUGAUUUUUUUUAUCACAAGAGAGGUUCAACUUGGAAGCACUUUUAUCACUUAUAGAUGACCACAAGAGACAUGGAGUUUAAGAAAAAAAGGCAGUGCUCUGAAUCUCCACGAACAUCCUUAGAUUCAUUAGACGAUUUCGAUGGCAUUCGGAGGAUACAAGAACCGCUUAACAACUGAUUGAACUUAUUCGUUCUCUAAAAUAUUGAAAUGAAAAUAGGAACAUUGCUGAUGUUCAGAGUGUCAGCUUCUACGUCUAGCUCUUAAACGAAGGCUGUGAAAAGGUUAAAUCCAAGCUGAGAAGAUAGCUAAACCAAAAAUUUCCCGAGAAGUAUUUGAUAAUCAAAGCUUGUUUCAGUACCAGCCAUGUUGUGUUUAUCGAGUUUGUUCUUUUUAUUUCCACAUGUUUUCAUUAAUCUCGUUGGUUUUGUACGGACUUGCACUUGUAACUUUCUAUUAUUUGCUUUGUUCUUUGUGUUAAUCUCGUUGAUUUUAUACAUUUGUGUUAACAUUUUGCUUUA